AGAAGAAAAAAAAAGAAAGCAGACGUUACAUUGUUAAAACAAGUGAAUAAUUUUGGGAAACAAGCUCUGUCAGCAUCUCAACUUAUCAUUUUAAGAAUGACACGUCUAGUGGUCAUCCUCAGAGUCAAAUCCAGAUAAAUUCAACCUGUCAAGUGUGUUCGCUAAUGACUAAACAGCACCGAUUUCAUCGAAUUGAAGGGGAUACGACUAGCCUACGCGGGAUAGAGACUUCGACCCUUGCAUGACUCGUUUUUGCGCUAACAUUUUUCAUUGCAUGCAAACGUUUUAGGUUUGCCGAGCGACGACAUCGAACAUGCUUCCCCAGGCUGGUAGAGAGUUUCUGGUCCGCAUCUCGUUUUACUGGAAGCCCUUUUUCCAAGGAAGGUACCUGAUCGUGACCAACACGUUGAGCGGAGGCGGGAUGCUGGCUCUGGGAGACUUCCUCCAGCAGACCCGAGAGAGACGCAGAGGACCAGAGAGAGUCCGUGACUGGAGGCGGACAGGUCGCAUGUUUUUGGUGGGCUGCUCCAUGGGACCAGUCCUGCACUACUGGUACACCUGGCUGGAUAAAGUCUAUGUGGGCAAAGCCCUGAACACAGUUGGCAAGAAGGUGUUGGUAGACCAGCUGGUUGCCUCCCCAACUCUUGGAAUGUGGUACUUUCUAGGCAUGGGUGUCAUGGAGGGACACACACUAUCCAAAGGAUGGGAGGAGUUCAAAGACAAGUUCUGGGAGUUUUAUAAGGCUGACUGGUGUGUCUGGCCCGCCGCACAGAUGAUCAACUUUUACUUCCUAUCACCAAAUUUCCGUGUCCUGUACGUCAACACUGUCACCUUAGGCUGGGACACAUACCUCUCCUACCUUAAACACAGAGAUGACAGCCACCCUCCUGAGCUUGCUCUAGAGCGCACUUCCUUGGAUGUCCACCAGGAGGCGCAGCCAGCUGACCCAAGCAAACCGCUGAAGGAGAACCUAUAGGCUGUGUUUUAAACUCAACCAUGAAGUCAUUUGCCAGAAGAAAAAGAAUAGAUAUUUUUGUCUUGUUUUACCUCUUCAUACCAUUUUCCAUCCUGGGGCGAAUUCUAAGUAAUUGCACAAAAAUUGUGAACUACGCAGUCACUGAGGAAUAAAUUGAUCAACAGUGCACUAGGCUUGGGCGAUUGGAGGAAUAUAUGGGCGAUUGAAGGAAUAUAUCGGCGAUUUGCUGA